GUUGUGGUAGCAACGAGUCAGAACCACUGCAUAGGCUGGUUUGGGAGCUAUUCGUUGAUUCCAGGAGUUGUAAGCACUCAUACACUAUAACGAGUGCGCAUAGACAGCAACACUUGCAUUGUCUGGCACCCCAGGCUGAUUGUUGCAGCCCACCUCAGCGUGCAGCCUGGUGAUUAGCGUGCACCCUCCACGCCAACGACGCGGCCCAUCAUGCAUCGCAUCAUCACAUUACUCGCAUGCACAACUGCAGCUGCACUCACGCCGUCGGGCGUCCGCACGCGUGACGCGGCCCUCACCCAGACGAGGGUCCGCACGCGCGUCAUGUCCGACGGCGAGAUCUUGCGACGGAGCGCCGAGGUGGGCCCCCUCGUGCGCGCCUUCUCGGUCGGGCAAAGGGGCCGGGGCAGCGGCGUGUCUACGUUAAACGUGGCCGAGGCGUCGGCGCUGCAAGCGGCUACUGAUGAACUCAUCGCGAAGCGCAAGAAGUGCGACGGAAGCGUCAUCGUCGCCCAGAAAAACAAGCAAUUAGUGGGUUUCGCGCUCGUGAACGACGAUGUCCUGGAGACGGUCGCGGUGGCGGUCGACGAGCGCGGGCGGGGCGUCGGCGCGCAGCUCGUCGACGCCGCGGGGGCGUUGGCGAGCUCCGGUGGCAAUGACGAGUUGCUGGUCGAGGUCGAGCCGCAAAAUGGCCGGGGCAGAAACUUCUUCGAAGGUUUGGGCUUCGAGAGCACGGGCGAACGCCGAGGGACGCUGGCGGUCCUCUCCAAGCCGCUGCCCUGGCGGCCGCCGCCGCUGGUGGUUUCAUUCGUGAUCGGGCUGCCGAUUGUCGUUGCGCUCGCCGGGAUGGCGGCGUCGGGCGACGCGUUUGAUGUGGAGGGUGUGGUCGCGGCGGUCACGGGGCUCGCCGAUGGGCUCGCCGAUAGGCUCCCCGUGCCGAUCUAAGCUUGUGUUGUUUUCA